AUGGCCAACAGCAGCAACGCCUCGGCGCCUGCCUAUGAGUACUACCUGGACUACCUGGACCUGCUGCCCGUGGACGAGAGGCAGCUGGUGGCCCACAAGUACUCGGUGGUGAUCGCCUUCUGGGCCAGCCUGGCGGCCUUCGUGGUGCUCCUCUUCCUCGUCCUGCUCUCCAUGUCCCGCCCCGCUCCCGCGGCCAGGAGCCACGCCCCGCCCCGCCCUGCAUGCCCCUGGAGCCUCCACGUCAGCCUCCCCUUCUGCAUCCGGAGGCACCCGCUGCUCCACAGCGCCCCCCAGCGGGCCCCGCCCAGCUCAGCCAGGGAGCCAGGCAGCAGUGCCUCCGGGCCCUCCACCUCGCCCCCCACCACCCCGCAGGCCCACCCGGCUCUCCUGUGGGAGCGGGCCCUGGACGGGGACCCCCAAGGCGUCAGCUGA